UCGAAGGCGAUACUGUCAGCAGGCCCACGUCCUUUGUUCGGAUAUCUCGGAUUGUCAGAAAUUGCAUCUGCUCCUCCCCAACAGGCACGCACAUGAAACCAGACGUUUGCCGUCCUAUCAAUUGCCCCUAUGUGUUCGAUUGGGUCAAAGACGCCGUUCAUGGUAUUCCCAGCCGUGGCGUUGAGAAACAGCGUCCUUUUGCCAGUUUCAAUUGUGACAUCAACCGCAGCUUCAAGAGCGUCUACCACCGUCAUCCAUGCUUCCAAUGAAGGCACACUAAUACCAGGGUCAUUCCUUGUAGUUCGGGGAAUACUUAGGGUCUGUGUAGCGAAUCAGCCCUAGUCGUGAAUAGAAUCAAUGAUCAUCCCCCAGGAGGUUCUGGAUCACAACUCAUGCUGCGAAUUCUCGGUUAGCUGCAUAAAUGUUCCAUGAAUUCUGUCGGUAUUGGUGAACUACUUCCCAUCGGGCCUCUUCCACCAAACAUUACACCGAACAGACCGUACGCAGUUCGUCAUUCACAACCCCGGGGACGAAAAGAGGCAACGGGGACAUUCGACCAGAAGACUUCCUUUCGCUUCCAGAAGCUGGCAUAGUCGCCCGAGGAGAACUGAACCUUAAUGACAAAGAAAGUGAAAGUUUCAUGGAGAUUAAUCAUUCCACCAGCUGCUUAACGAAGGUCAAGAGAGAACUCACUCUAAAACUUGUGGGUACCGAAGGCGGCAGACAGGUGUGCGAAUAGACCUGACAAAAGCCCCCAACUGGCAAGGUAAAAAACGUAGUGGUGUCCACAUCAGCACAGAAAAGGGCCAAGAGAGCCGAGGCAGUCAUCACACAAGUUACACAAGGUAGUGAG